AUUUCCUUAUCAAGUGUUCAGCUAAAUUAAACUGAAGACUUCCUCAAUCUCCUCCUUUUUACAAAAACUCAUUUUCAGGUCGAAAAUCAGAAGAAGGUAGGCAAAUGGGUACGCUGGGGAAAGCAAUCUACACAGUCGGGUUCUGGAUCAGGGAAACGGGUCAAGCCAUGGAUCGUUUGGGCUGCCGCCUCCAAGGCAACUAUUACUUCCAUGAACACCUGUCAAGGCAUAGAACUCUUAUGAACUUGUUUGACAAAGUACCUAUGGUUGCUAAAGAUGCAUUUGUGGCCCCAAGUGCUUCUUUAAUUGGUGAUGUUCAUGUUGGACGUAAUGCUUCUAUUUGGUAUGGAUGUGUUCUGCGAGGUGAUGUGAACAGUAUUAGUAUAGGAGCAGGAACCAAUAUCCAGGACAAUUCUCUUGUUCAUGUAGCUAAAUCAAAUCUAAGUGGAAAGGUUUUGCCAACAAUUAUUGGCAACAAUGUUACUGUAGGUCAUAGUGCUGUCUUGCAUGGAUGUACUGUUGAAGAUGAGGCAUUUGUUGGUAUGGGUGCAACUCUGCUUGAUGGGGCAGUUGUGGAGAAAAAUGCUAUGGUCGCUGCUGGUGCCCUUGUCAGGCAGAAUACGAGGAUUCCUUCUGGAGAGGUAUGGGGAGGAAAUCCAGCCAGGUUCCUGAGAAAGCUCACAGAAGAAGAAAUAGCUUUUAUCUCGCAGUCUGCUGCCAACUACACUAAUUUAGCGCAGGUUCACGCUGCUGAAAAUGCAAAAAGCUUUGAUGCGAUUGAAUUUGAGAAGGUGUUGCGGAAGAAGUUUGCUCGCAAAGACGAGGAGUAUGACUCUAUGUUGGGUGUUGAUCGUCAAACACCUCCAGAGCUUAUCCUGCCUGAUAAUAUCCAGGCACCAAAGGCCUCUUAACUGUGGUUCUAAGUUGAUUAUCCUUGGGUUUUUGUGGUGUUAGCCUAUUUCUUUUUCUUUGGGCUGAUUAAACAAGAAAACACCAACGUUUCAUCUUAAAUAAUUAAAACCAGGCUGAAACAUCAAAAGAUUUAAUCCUGGUUUGCCGUUCUUGCUUUCCUGUGCCGAUUCCGUCUGGCUAAUCAGAGCUGACUGUUGAUGAGGAACCAAUGAUACGGUAAAAGCAUAAAGUUGUUUUCGGCAUUUAAAAUGUGUGUUUGGUAUGACCAAAGCUACUUUUCGUGGAAAUUGUUUAACAUAGAACUUAUUUUCCUACAAUAUGUUUUCUUAGUGCUCCAGGAACAAUGAGCGCUUCCUGCUCCAUUGUUUGGUUGCUGAGUGAAAAAUAGUGUUCUGAAAAAAUAUAUAUUAAGAUUAGUACCAAUAUUGGCAGAUCAGAUAGUCUCCAGAUGAAUUUGUUGAGUAUUACAUAUUGAUGUUGGUUGCUACAAGUUAUAUGAAAGUAAAAGUUUAGAUA